AUGCCCUGGGGGAAGGUGCUGGCCGUCGUCUUGCUCUGCUCGCUGCUGCUGCUCAGCCAGACACGCUGCGCGUCCGUGCGCCACCGCGGGCCUCGGCCAACGAGACAGAGGCGGAUGACGCCUUUCUGGAGAGGAGUCUCGCUGAGACCCGUUGGAGCCUCGUGCAGGGAUAACAGCGAAUGCAUUACGAUGCUGUGCAGGGGGACCAGAUACAAACGUCAGGAACUGUGCUUGCAAAAGUCACGCCUGGUCCUUAGAGUUGAGUUUUCGGACGUGUCACGCCAACGCAGCCAGAAACCCCCGCUGCAGCAGCGCCGCGCGCCCGACCAGUUCCGCUUGGUUUCCCGAUGA